UCUCUGCGUUCCAACUGUGACCGUUAUACCAACAUUCGUCGCAUACUACGUUCGACCUGCGCGAUAGCCUCCUCUCAUCAUGGCCUCCCUCACUGCCAACAAUAAGCGGAAUACCAAAGUUCCUCACCACAGUAGUAGCAGUAUAAACGAGGAAACCCAACCGUUGCUCCCCGCGCCCGUUACUUCGUCUCUGAGCGCCUCCAACCCGAAUUUGAACUCGCAACCGUCGAAUACGGCAACUACUGCACCUCAGGGGAAAGGCCCAAAGCAGCCAAAACGUACAACAAAGACCUCACAAAAGCUUACAUUAUUCCCGGCGGAUGUGCCCGCUGCGACGGAUGAGAACCAGGCAGAUCUAGAUGUAGAGCCCGACACGUUACCCCAGCUUCCGCACGUUACUGCGAAGAAGCAGAAGGAAAGAUGGUUGAGUCGACUGGAGAAGAAAUGGCUUCCGAGAGUCACGGCUUACUGUACCGCAAAUUCCUACAAGAUGGACCCCUUAAUGGACUUCCUGAAGAGCAGAUCUACGAGGAAUAAGACAUCGCCCAAGAAGUUUGACGAAGCCAUCCACACUCCAUAUCUCGGCAUACCCGCAACCAACGGAACUUUGGACCCUUUGAUUGUUCCAGAUCUGAUAAAUCUGGUUCCGGAGGAACUCAUGUCGCCAACAGAGGACGGUGUUCGCCCUAACGCCUCGUUACAUAACAUCGACUCCUUCUUCGAGCAAAACAUCGAUGCAGCGGGAAGGAGUCUGCCCAGUACCAUCGCCUACGAUGAUUUGGCCAAACGCAUUGCACCGAUCGGCGAAUGCUUGUUCUUUGCAUAUGGAGUGGUGGUGAUGUGGGGAUUAUCAGAAGAGGAGGAGCGUAUGGUGCUCAAGGAGUUGGAACCCUUUGAGGAAGAGAAGCUGGCUCCAGAUGAUGUCGAGAUCGAAGAGUUUGUUUUCCACUAUAACGCCUUCUAUCAACCGCGUAUCUACAACGAUAUCAUCACUCUGAAGAAUCCAGCAAAUUACAUGAUCAAGUUGACAAUCUCACACGCCAUCGCUCAGUCAGUAAAGCUGGCUUUAUUCGAAGGGCUCAUUGAGGAGACUAUCGAGAGCACGAAGCACGUCCCUCAGAUUUUGGCAGAGACUGGAAAGAUUCAUAUGACAAGGAAAUCCGUCAACAAGAAGAUUGGGCAACUUUUCAUCAUGCGAAUCAACGUGAAUUUGGUCUCGAAUGUUUUGGAUGUUCCGGAGAUUUUCUGGAGUGAACCGGCUUUAGAACCUUUGUACAUGGCUAUUCGGGGAUAUCUGGAGAUCACACAAAGAGUUGAUCUCUUAAAUCAACGUGUGUCCGUCAUUUCGGAUCUGCUGGAUAUGUUGAAAGAGCAUCAGACAAGCUCACAUGGAGAACAGCUGGAAUGGAUUGUGAUCAUUCUGAUCGCCUUCGAGAUCGUCAUCGGCAUAGUCACGAUAUCCUUCGACCUUUCAAGUUACCUUAAACGACCUGACGGAUUAGCCGACCGAACAUUAAUGAAUUGAUAGUGAAACAUAGGAUAUCCGCACCCGCUGUGGAGUUCCGUAGAUGACUAGCUGCCGU